AGUAAUAUAAUUUAUUGUUUAUAUUUAAGCCAAAAUGUUCAAUUUAAAACUGAAUUCUGCAUUAGCUCGUAGACUUUCGAAAGGUUCCUCACUUGGAUUCAAUUGCUUGAAUGCCAGGACAAAUGCAACGGCCACUCAUGAUGCCGAUUUGACAGUGAUAGGAUCUGGACCAGGCGGUUAUGUCGCUGCUAUCAAAGCUGCCCAGCUAGGAAUGAAAACUGUUUGCAUAGAAAAGAGUCCAACCCUAGGUGGGACAUGUUUGAAUGUUGGAUGUAUACCAUCGAAAGCUCUUCUAAAUAAUUCUCAUUUAUACCAUCUUGCACAUGGAAAAGAUUUUGAAUCCAGGGGGAUUGAAGUUUCCAACGUUUCUGUUAAUCUAGAAAAAAUGAUGGGACAAAAAUCAUCUGCUGUAAAGGGUCUCACCGAUGGUGUUGCUGGAUUAUUCAAGUUCAAUAAAGUUACGCAUGUUCGAGGUCAUGGUAUGAUAAAAAGUCCAACACAGGUGAUAGCUACAAAUGAAGAAGGAAAUAGUGAAGUUAUCAAUACAAAAAAUAUAUUAAUUGCUACUGGCUCUGAAGUUACACCAUUCCCCGGUAUUGAAGUUGACGAAGAAAGGAUUAUUUCAUCGACUGGUGCUCUCAGCUUGAAAGCGAUUCCAAAAAGAUUGAUUCUUAUUGGUGCUGGAGUAAUCGGUGUUGAGCUAGGAUCUGUCUGGUCAAGAUUAGGUUCUGAAGUAACUGCGAUAGAAUUUCUUGGACAUGUUGGUGGAAUGGGUAUCGACAUGGAUGUUUCGAAAACGUUUCAACGCACUUUAAAGAAACAAGGAAUGAAUUUUAAACUCAAUACGAAAGUGAUAUCUGCUGAUAAAACAGACUCUUGUAUCAAAGUUAAUGUUGAGGCUGCAGCUGGAGGUAAACCAGAAACAUUAGAAUGUGAUGUUCUGCUUGUUUGUAUCGGUCGUAGACCAUAUACACAGGGACUGGGAUUAGAAAAUGUUGGAAUAACAACAAACAAACAAGGAAUCAUCUCUGUUGAUGAAAGGUUCCAAACAAGCUGUCCAGGUAUAUAUGCCAUCGGUGAUUGCAUUCCAGGUCCUAUGCUUGCCCAUAAGGCUGAGGAUGAAGGCAUUAUAUGUGUAGAAGGCUUAACUGGUGCACCAGUCCAUAUUGACUACAAUUGUGUGCCUUCUGUUAUUUAUACUCACCCAGAAGUUGGAUGGGUUGGCAAAACUGAAGAAGAUUUAAAGGAGGCAAAUAUUCCUUACAAAGUUGGUAAAUUUCCUUUCGCAGCUAAUAGCCGAGCAAAGACAAAUGCUGACACUGAUGGAUUUGUAAAAAUUCUUAGUCACAAAGAGACAGACAGAAUAUUGGGAGCUCAUAUCAUUGGUGGAGGUGCUGGCGAAAUGAUCAAUGAAGCCGUUCUUGCGAUGGAAUAUGGAGCUUCAUCUGAAGAUGUUGCAAGAGUUUGUCAUGCUCAUCCAACACUGUCGGAAGCUUUUAGAGAAGCGAACUUGGCUGCAUAUUUUGGCAAACCAAUCAAUUCAUUUUAAUGUCUAUCUAUUUGGAAAUAUUUUUGGCUUUAUAUAAAUAUUUAAAUAAUGCAAUGAGUUCACUCUUACAAACAGGUUGAAUAUUUAAUGAUAAAUACACAAUGUAGGGUAUGGGAUAGGCAACAAUAUGGCUAUGUAAUAAAUUGAUUCAAUUUAUUCUUUGAGUCAUUUAUACUUUGUUUUCACCAGAUAUGGAAUUAUUGAGAUGACUAAUAUGAAAACUUUGGUCUUUGUUUAUGACAGCAUUUCAUUAUUGCAACUGUGUAUUAUUCUCUAAUGGGUAUUGCCACGAUGAUAUGAAAUGAUCUUCAAGUAAUGAACGAACAUUACAAAAAAAAGAGUUAGACUGCUGUUCUUCUCGCACACUUGUUUAAAUUUCUCAUUUGCAAUUCUUUGUGCCCUGGACUUGUGCGAAAAUAUUUCUUUUGUUUUCAUUCCACAAUGUUAUCAAUCUUGCAUAUUGGUUAAAUUUUUUCCGGGAAUGGUUUUCAUGCCCAUUCUUGGCAAGAUGCGAGAUGCUGAAUUAGUUUAAAUCAAGAAUUUCAUAUCUCUGUAUCUGGCCAGGUAAUAAAAUAAAUGCAUAUUGAUGGUCUGUUAUAAAAAGUUUCCAUUUUCUCCAGUUUUUUUGUCAUCUUCAGUCUUUUCAUUGCGAUUCGAGAGUUAUUUUUUCUCUAUGUUAAAAAUGCAUAUUAUUCAUAAAUUUAG